GACAAGCCGGCUCCGAAAAAGGCCCAGCCAAAAAUUUCACUCCACCAAAACUGACCACCAAGAUACCGUAUCUUGGACGGAUUUGGAGCUGCCCACGUGCAAAGCGAAGAACUAUCGAAAACACCUUUAAUAACUCCAGUACCGCUUUUCAAUUGAGUUGGUACCCCUCCCCAGUCAGUUGCCACUAUAACCAUCUGCCACAAUGGCUGGUGGUACUGUCAAGUACCGACAUCUGAGUCGCAAUUCAGCAGCCCGUGUGGCCUUGCUGCGCGGUCUGGUCACUCAACUCGUCCAAUUCGAACAUAUCCACACAACUUACGCCAAGGCAAAGGAAGCUCAGCGCAUGGCAGAGAAGCUCAUCACACUGGCGAAGAGGGACAACGAGCCUGCUCGCAGAUCAGCACAGGGUAUCCUAUAUACACCCACCAUAACCCUACCUAAACUGCUAGGCGAGCUGCGAACCCGAUAUUUGACCCGAGAGGGAGGCUAUACUCGCGUCGUGCGCACCGAGUCCAAGAACACAUAUGAUCAGGGCGAGAGUGCCAUACUUGAAUUCGUCGACGGCCCAAAGGACUCACGCUUCAUGAUGACUGCCAAGACAGUUGCCCGCGACCGAAUGCUAGGGCAAGAGCAUACUCCUGUCACCAGAACCAAUAUCAAGAAAGUCACACAGUUCCGCGGCGAGGUGCCGUUUGAGGAGAUGGUGCGGAGGUUUAUGAUUUUGAAGACCGGUGAGAAGACUGGACCCUCACGGGAUGAGAGUAGUUUGGCUGAAGUCGAGGCCGAGAAGGCGGCAGACAAGAAUGCCGAGCGGGCAAAGGAAAUGGCCGCUGGUAUCGUACCGGAGUCGGUGAGAAAGGCAGCGCAACAGAAGAACUCGCCAUAGAAGCGACAUGUAUAUCAUAUUACGAAAGAGGUGAAGCUCUGUACAAAAGCUGUAUAAAUUAUUAUAUCAUGACACAAUUAUGGUUUUGCUUAACCACGGUGCUUUUGAAAAGGCGGACUUGAUACGCUGUCCUAGCUCUACUAACUUUUCAAACAUACAAACAUGCUCCCUGAUACAAGAUGCAUUUAGAUGAAUUCAAAGGUAUCGCCGCGAUCCUGAAUCAUCUUGCCAACUCUCUUGGAACCCACGAUCCGUUCCAACUUCAUUACAUCGUACUUUGAAAACACAACCUUGACAGUUCCCUGACCAGGUUCAAGUCUGAGGUCCUGCUCACUCUUGCUAAGAUAUCCACCCGCAAUCUCAGUAUAGAAGAUGGGGUUGUCAGGUAACCCGUAGAAUAUGACUCGCUGCACACCACGGAAUUGAUAUCGUCGGAAAUGAUGUGCUCGCUCAGUGUAGAGCAGAACGCGAUGGCGGCCGUUGAGGAAAUGUGACCGCGCCCGCGAGGCUUCUGGUACGUCUGCAUAUUCGGAGAUGGCCCCAAAAGUGACAUUUUCGACCGCACUUGACGUUGCAAAGUAGUUCCUCACUCGGACAAAGUCCAGAUAGGAGGGGAUAAAAACGAGCGUUCCAGUAGCAUCCUUUGCCCGCUUGGCAAGUGAGGGGACAAUGGCAGAAGUGAAAUACUCGAAUCGCGCAUCAGGAUCCUUAUCGACCGAGCUAGACUGGAACCUUGAGAAGGUUUGCUUCGCCUUGAUACCGAGUUGCGACAACAUGCCCGGAUACUCGGGCUGCAGCCGGACUUUUCCAGCCCAGUUGUGACAGUGUAGUCGGAGAAGCUCGGACAGCUCGGGGGUGUUGAAGGCAGACAUGAUGAUAGUCUGUCUGAAAUAUUUUGCCCAGUCUUCCAAAUACCAACUUCUUACACGACUAAAGUCACAACCAUGUGCAUCCUUGGGCUGGAGGUUCAUAUGUUCAAAGAUGAAUUCGACGUGUUCCCAAUUUUGCAUGAGAAGUGCAUCCGCUUGAUCAACAAUGACCAUCUCAACAGAGCUCAGGAAGUCAAAGUCAAGCUUCUUAUCAUCCUCAGAGCCGAUAGCCAUACGAAGACCGAGAGGACUAGCGAAGAGUAUGUCUGAGUUGUAGAAUUGCGCAAAGUACUUGAUUGUCUUGCGAGUGAACUUCAUGCCCAGACGGAACAUGUCAUCAUCACUUCCCUCAAAAAGAUCCUUGAAGUCAGCCGGUCUAUCGGCGCCAAACUUAGCCUCUUUGUCGACAUAACCAUCGUCAAAUCGCUUGCGGUU